AUGGGUUUCCUUGAAGACGAAGACCAGAAAUACUGGGACGACGUCCAAGCCGUCAAGGCCUGGUGGAAAGACUCGAGAUGGAGGUACACAAAACGCCCGUACACUGCAGAGCAGAUCGUGGCGAAGCGUGGAAACCUGAAGAUCCAUUACCCCUCCAAUGACCAGAGCAAGAAGCUUUGGAAGAUCCUGGAAAGCAACUUUGAGAAAAAAGUUGCCAGUUUCACCUAUGGCUGUCUGGAACCAACAAUGCUCACCCAGAUGGCCAAGUACCUCGACACCGUCUACGUUUCCGGCUGGCAGAGCUCUUCCACCGCCUCGUCUACCGAUGAACCCUCCCCCGAUCUCGCUGAUUACCCCAUGAACACUGUCCCCAACAAGGUAAACCAGCUGUUCAUGGCACAGCUGUUCCAUGACCGGAAACAACGCGAGGAACGCAUCACAACCCCCAAGGACCAGCGGAGCAAGCUGCCUAACAUCGACUACCUGCGUCCCAUCAUCGCCGAUGCUGAUACCGGCCAUGGUGGUCUCACUGCUGUUAUGAAACUGACCAAGCUGUUCAUCGAGAGAGGCGCUGCCGGAAUCCACAUUGAAGAUCAGGCCCCUGGUACGAAGAAGUGUGGUCACAUGGCCGGAAAGGUUCUCGUCCCUAUUAGCGAGCACAUCAACCGUCUGGUUGCCAUCCGCGCGCAGGCAGAUAUCAUGGGAACCGACCUGCUUGCCAUCGCCCGUACCGACUCUGAAGCCGCAACACUCAUCACCUCUACCAUCGACCACCGCGAUCACGCCUUCAUCGUUGGCUCUACCAAUCCCAACCUGCAGCCACUGAACGACCUCAUGCUGGCUGGUGAGCAGGCUGGCAAGACUGGCGAAGAGCUCCAGGCCAUCGAGGAUCAAUGGAUUGCCCAAGCUGGUCUGAAACUGUUCGACGAUGCUGUCGUUGACACAAUCAAGGCGGGCGUGCACGUCAACAAGGAUGCCCUCAUCAAGGAGUACCUGACUGCCGCUAAGGGCAAGAGCAACAGUGAGGCGCGUGCGAUCGCCAAGGGCAUCACGGGCGUUGACAUCUACUGGGACUGGGAUGCUCCCCGCACUCGGGAGGGCUACUACCGGUACCAGGGAGGAACGCAGUGCGCUAUCAACCGUGCUGUUGCCUAUGCUCCGUUCGCGGACCUGAUCUGGAUGGAGAGUAAGCUCCCUGAUUACGCUCAGGCGAAGGAGUUUGCCGACGGUGUCCACGCCGUCUGGCCCGAACAGAAGCUGGCGUACAACUUGUCGCCAUCCUUCAACUGGAAGAAGGCUAUGCCGCGUGAGGAGCAGGAGACUUACAUCAAGAGACUCGGCGCUCUGGGCUAUGCCUGGCAGUUCAUCACCCUGGCUGGUCUACACACUACCGCGCUCAUCUCCGACCAGUUCGCCAGGGCCUACGCGAAACAGGGAAUGCGCGCGUACGGUGAACUGGUGCAGGAACCCGAGAUGGAGCAGGGUGUGGACGUGGUGACCCACCAGAAAUGGAGUGGUGCCAACUAUGUGGAUAACAUGUUGAAGAUGCUCACCGGCGGUGUCAGCAGCACCGCCGCCAUGGGUAAGGGUGUGACAGAGGAUCAGUUCAAGCACUGA